CCGCGAUCGAGAGCAGUAACGGCCACGACAGGUGAGCCGAUCAGAGCCAAGACGCGGUCACUCAGUUCGCGAUCCGCGACUUGUCCGAAGCCCGCGCGCCGUCCGCGCUCUUUCAACCAUCUCGUUUCUCUUCCGUCUCUAUGAGUGGGGAGGCAGAAUACAUCACCAAUAAUUACAACAUGCGUAACAACGUCAAGCCGUCCUUCUGGGCGCAAAGGACGAGUAUGGAGAAGCGUCUGUUGCUUGUGGCGGGUGUGGUGACAGUGAUGGCGAUAGCAUUUCUCGCCGCCUUCCUUUCCACGAUGCUAGUACGGACCAAAACCGACGUUACCGACAUGCCACAGACUAGCGAACUAAGACUUUCCCCGUCAAUGCCGCCAGCAGUCAUCGCAAAGAGCCCUGAUGCCAAAGUUUGCAACCUUCCUGGAUGUAUACAUACAGCUUCGAAACUGCUCAUCAACAUGGAUGACAAGGUCGACCCCUGCGAUGACUUCUACGACUUCGCUUGCGGCUCAUUUGUCAAAAAUACAAGAAUACCUGACGACAAGACAUCUGUCAACACGUUCUCAAUAAUUACUGACGAGCUGCAGGAACAAAUUCGUGCCCUUCUCGAGGAACCUAUAGCCGAGAAUGAACCACGUCCCUUUGCUUUAGCCAAGACAUUGUACCAAGCUUGUAUGAAUAGAACUGCUAUCGAGUCUCUUGGCUUACAACCUCUACUCGAAAAGCUUCAAAAACUCGGUGGAUGGCCGGUGCUGCAAGGCAAUGCGUGGGACGAGCGGUCUUUCUCCUGGGAUGAAUCUGUGUACCGGUUCCGCUCAGCCGGUUAUUCUGUUGACUAUUUCCUUGAUUUCUCUAUCAGCGUUGACGUAAAGAACUCCACCAAACGAAUCAUCGAUCUGGAUCAAGCGUCUCUGGGAUUGAGCAGGGAGUACUUGAACCGUGGCUUCAGCGACAAGCUUGUUCUGUCCUAUUACGACUACAUGGUCGAUAUAGCAACUCUCCUCGGAGCCGAUCGCUCCCGAGCAGAAGUGGAGCUCAAAGAUUCGCUGCAAUUUGAAAUGAAACUUGCCAACAUAUCCUUGCCACUCGAGAAGCGUCGUAACGCGACUAGUUUGUAUAAUCCGAUGACUAUUGCUGAAAUGGAAAAGAAAUUCCCAAGAAUCCCCUGGCUUAAAUACAUAAACCGUCUCCUGGCCCCACACAUGCAAGUCGGACUCGACGAAGUAGCCAUCGUUAACGUACCAAAAUAUAUAUCCGACCUUGAGGAUCUCCUCGAAAAGACCCCUAAGCGUGUGCAAGCUAACUAUGUUAUGUGGCGCGUAGCAGGCGCUUCGGUUUCUUACCUGACUGAUGAUUUGCGUAAACGACAGCUGGCCUACGUCACAGCACUUUCGGGAAAGACAGAACGCGAGAGUCGCUGGAAGGAAUGCGCGGAUACCACUAGCGUCAGUAUGUCCAUCGCCGUAGGAGCUUUGUACAUCCGAAAAUAUUUUAACGAAAAUUCGAAAGCAAAUGCCUUGGAAAUGGUUAAUGAUAUCAGGCAACAAUUCCGCAAGACGUUGAAGGAAGUUGAGUGGAUGGAUGAGCACACUCGUCAAGAAGCUUUAGAAAAAGCUGAUGCAAUGGCAUCCCACAUCGCCUAUCCCCAGGAAAUGCUGGAUGACGAUAAAUUGACUGAAUUCUACUCUGGGCUGGAGAUGUCGUCUGAUAAAUUGAUGGAAUCCGUUUUGAACCUGACGCUUUUCGGUACCGAGUACCUAUUCAGCAAGCUGAGAGAACCCGUGAAUAAGACCGACUGGGUGACUCACGGCCGUCCCGCUAUCGUCAAUGCUUUCUAUUCCUCCAUUGAAAAUAGCAUACAAUUCCCCGCUGGUAUCCUACAAGGCGGAUUUUUCUCUUCCAAGCGCCCGGCCUACAUGAAUUACGGAGCUAUUGGCUUUGUUAUCGGUCACGAAAUUACCCAUGGAUUCGAUGAUCAGGGUCGUCAAUUUGAUAAGAACGGCAAUUUAGUAGACUGGUGGCAAGAAAUGACUAAACAAAAGUAUUUAGAAAAGGCUAAAUGCAUCAUCGAUCAGUAUUCAAACUACACUGUGAAGGAAGUCGGUAUGAAGUUGAAUGGAGUGAACACUCAAGGUGAAAAUAUAGCAGACAAUGGCGGUAUUAAAGAAGCAUAUUAUGCUUAUCAAGCGUGGAUACAACGUCACGGUGAAGAGGCUCGGCUUCCUGGACUUGAAAAUUAUAGCCCCAGACAGUUAUUCUGGUUGAGUGCUGCUAACACAUGGUGUUCCGUGUACCGUAACGAAGCGAUAAAACUUCGCAUAACGACAGGAUUCCACGCGCCUGGCCGCUUCCGCGUCAUCGGCCCCAUGUCUAACAUGGAAGAAUUCGCUGCGGACUUCAAAUGCCCACUCGGUUCUCCCAUGAACCCAAUCAAAAAAUGUAAAGUUUGGUAAAUUAAUUUUGCGAUCUUAGAAAAUGCUCUCUCGGCGAAGAAAUACGGACCCUAUCGAUAACGGAUUAAAAUUAUAUUCUUCCGCUCCGAACUUAUAUUAGGAGUUGUUAUUCACUUUAACGUUAACAUUCGGCGCUUGCCGUGUGAAAUGUCAAAUUACAAUGUUAUGCAAUCAGAAAAAGUGUAGACUUUGCAUGUUAAUCUUUCGUAUUAACUCAAUAAAAGCAUCAGGAUAUCAGUGCGGCUACUUCUGGUCUACACGUUUUAGAUAACGACAGUUUGUAACUCAUUGUUUUAGAUCUAUUUCAUAUGUUUAAUAACAUUGUCCUGUUUCUGCAUUGGUGAGAUUUUAGACUGACCACUAAGAUUGUUUAUCAAUGGAUAGUUUUAUUUAUAGAUUAUAGACUUUGUACAUCAGAAGUACAAACGCCAUUCAACCUGAUAUAUUAUUCUCACCGCCCGAGAUACAUUAGGUACUCUUAAUUUCUCCUAGGUAAAUCCUAAGUCUUAUAUGCUUUGAAGACUUUGUUUAUAGAAACAUUGUAUUUAGACACAGAUAUUUCAAUGAGGUCCCUUCUCUCCUUGAGAAAUGAUCUCACACAUCUGUACACAAAGGCUUCAUUAGUAUAAUUUUAUAUUGUACUUUAUUUAUUUCAUCAAUAUGUUUUACGAUCUUAUUGGAGAGCAGAUUAGAAUAUUGAGCAGAUUAAAAUAUUGUAAUUACAUUAAAUUAUUUAGAUCAGUAUUUUCAUCCGUGACCUUUCCUGUUACAAGCUAUUAGAUGUCUGCUAAGUCACUCUGGAAGUAUUUAGAAAAGGUAAUACAGCAUAAUAGGCAUAGUGAAGAUUUAAACACGAAGUGGUCUCCAACUCGUUGGUCCCUUGAAUAUCAAUCUAUUUUAGAAUUCAGUAGCAGUGCCCACACACAUAAAGCCUAAUGCUGUUUUAGAAGAAAUAGCGAUAAUUUAAUCUUAGCAUAAGUACUUAUUUAAGUAACACUUUUGGAUACAAUCUUAUUGUUGUAAACAUUGGGACACCAAUUAUAAAGCGAUUUUUAUCGGA